GCCUGUCGCCGCCGGCGGCGGCCGCCAUACUAGGUUCAGUUCCUGCCAAAUGGGAAAACAACCAAACACCCAUCUUUCAGUCAGGCCCUUCCCGACCACGCGAUCUCAACCCCGCCGCCAGCGAGCGACAAGCGCUCAGCUCCAUGGUGAUGGCCGGCCGCGCGUCUCCCUCGCCGAGCCCGGCCGCGUGGUCUGCUUGCUCCGCGACGCGGAGGGUAGGUGGCACGCCGGGGCUAUCGCGGCGGCGGUGGACAACAUGUGCUCGGCGGUGGUGUUCACGGUGCAGGGCGCGCCGGGCACCGUCCACUACAGCUUGUCCUACUUCUCGCCCGCCCAUCCCGGCGUGCGCGCGCGCGCUGAGACGAAGUCGAGAUGGAGGGGCGACUGGUGAGCCGGAAGGGGAAGCUGGCGGAUGCGGCGGCGGAGGUGCGCGCAAGAAAGGGUCCGGCGAGCUGGUUGGAAUCGGGAGGCAGUGGGUGACAGCUGCCUGACCAACCAAGAGCAACAAAAGCAUCCCAUCAUGAACUUGCAAGGCGUCUAUCUGAUUCGCUUUCCCCAGGAUCCUCUUGCUGCCGGAUUGGAUUACUCAUUCGUUCUCAAUGCUAGCAUAAUUUUCUUAAAUGGAUGCGGCGCUUCUGAGCAUUCGAACA